AUGUCAUCCGGUUCGUGGCAGGAUGUCGUACGACAAAAGCGCGACACGCGGACGAGGCUUAUCGAACCUUUCCUGGGCCAUUCAGACGGUGCAACCGACGCGUCCAUUCUCGGAAUAGAUAAUGUGGCAGAGUUGACUAGGUUAUACGAGGAUGGGAAGCUUCGAGCACGCGAUGUCCUCGAAGCCUAUAUCAAAAGGUUAGCCAUCGGUGCUGGGACAUGCCAGACUCCUGCUGACACAGUCUCGCAGACGAAUUGCUUGACAGAAGUUUUCUUCGAGGAGACGUUGAGAGAGGCUGACAAGCUCGAUGAUUAUUUCCAGCAGCAUGGCAAGCUGAUUGGACCCUUGCACGGAGUACCUAUAACACUAAAAGACCAGUUCGAUGUCAAAGGCGCCGACUCCACGAUCGGCUAUGUGUCGCGAGCCUUCCAACCAGCAUCUGAAGACGCCGCGAUUGUCCGGAUUCUGAAGGAUCUAGGGGCCGUCGUUUUGGCCAAGACAAACCUUCCCCAGAGUAUCAUGUGGUGCGAGACCGAGAAUCCACUAUGGGGCCUCACGGUCAACCCUCGUGACCCCAGCUUCACCCCAGGUGGCUCGACUGGAGGAGAAGCGGCUCUGCUUGCUCUGCAGGGAUCAAUGAUAGGAUGGGGAACCGAUAUCGGGGGAUCGAUACGUAUCCCCAGCCAUAUCAAUGGGCUUUGGGGUCUGAAACCAACGAGUUCCAGGCUGCCAUACCAAGGGGUGCCGGUGUCAACGGAAGGCCAGGAGCAUGUGCCAUCUUCAGUGGGUCCGUUGGCAAGAAGCUUGUCGAGCCUCGUGACCAUCAUGCAGACGGUGAUCCAGUCCAAACCUUGGGUUCUUGAUCCCAAAGUCGUACCUAUUCCAUGGCGACAAGAUAUGUAUGAAGAGAUCCAAUCACGACCGAUGAGGAUAGGCAUCUUAGUGGAUGACGGGGUCGUCAAAGUCCAUCCUCCGAUUGAAAGAGUGCUAAAGGAACUGGAAGCAAAGCUCAAGAGCGCCGGCCACGAGGUUGUGUCCUGGGACUGCUCGGGACAUAGAGAAUGCAUUGAAAUCAUGGACCUGUUUUAUACUGCGGAUGGAGGCGAAGAUAUUCGUCGAGAAGUCCAGGCUGGCGGCGAACCGUUUAUUCCACACGUCGAGGCCCUGGUCAACCGGGGCCAGGCAAUAUCGGUCUACGAAUAUUGGCAACUCAACAAGCGGAAACUUGCGGCGCAAAAAGCUUACAACGACAAAUGGAACUCGACAAAAUCUCCCGCAACAGGAGAGCCACUCGACGUGAUACUUAUGCCCACAAUGCCACAUGUAGCGGUACCACAUCGCACCUGUCGAUGGGUCGGCUAUACCAAAGUAUGGAACUUCCUCGACUAUACAGCACUGUCCUUCCCCGCCGGCCAGGUGCAGGCCGAGGUCGACACCGUACUGGAGGACCAAUACGAGCCUCGAAAUGACCAUGAUGCAUGGAACUGGAAGCUCUACGAUCCAAAGACCAUGGAUGGCCACCCUGUCGGAUUGCAGAUAGUUGGGAGAAGAUUCGAGGAGGAGAAAGUCCUUGGGGCUGCAGCCGUCAUAGAAAACUACAUCAAAGCUUGA